UGGCGUACAGAAGCGGAUGUCGCCUACGAAACAGAUGAGCGCAGUUGGCCUCCUUCGACACGACGAAGCGACCGGAACCAUCACACUUGACAUCCGGAACGUGCCAAAUGGAGAUCCGGGGCUCAGUCAGGAGGACGAACGCGGCACGAGCGGUGGCGAGGAGCACGUGGUGAUCGGGACGUUAAGCUCCGCGCAUGCGCAGUCAGGAACAGCACCGCGGUUUCAGCAACCAUUGGUAUUCACACGCAUGAGCUUCUGCGAGACGAUGUGUGUUCUGUGGAGCGCCCUCUACAUGGUAUGCGUCGUCGUCGUCGGCCUUAUGGUGCCUAUAGCGGAGAUAUUCGUCGGCGAGGCGGUCCCGGUGCUUUUUGAAGGUUAUUACAUAUACAUGUACGUGGUCAGCAUAUCAUUCCUCGCCUACGUCUACAGUUACGUACUGCGCAUGCGCACUAUGCCCCGGAAGAUGCACAGCCGCACGAUCGUGUCGUCUGUUCCCGUUGCUAGGAAACGCGGCACAGUUGCUAACGCUGGUAGACAAACUGGAAGCUUUUAUCUGCGACUCGGUGCAGUAGUGUUUGGGAUAACGAGCAUGAUCAAAAGCGGCCUUCAUUUCGGAGAGUAUUUCGAGAUGACGUCAUCGCGGAACUGUGAUCAUGUGUUAUAUGGCAUCCGUCCCAUCGUGCACCUAUGCUUCACGUUUGCACAGCUCUAUUUUGUCUUCCUCAAUUCACAGAUGAUGACCAGAUGCUACGGAUACCUCGCAAGGUUCGGCCUGAUGCAUAUGGUGGCGACCAACGUAGCCGUCUGGCUACAAGAAGUGGUACGCGAGACGCUCAGGGAGCUCGGGCGCUCAGGUGGCUCGUGGAACAAUUAUCGUAAUGACAGUGGCGCAAGUUACGACCAAGUGUCACAGCCCUUGACCGGCCCCACUUGCCAAGGUGACUCCCUGAUGGGGGACGUGGUGGUGACCUCCAGCCCAUACCUGUACCCCUGCAGCGUCAUGUACAGCCUCAUAUGCGCCGCCGUACUGUUCGUUAUGUGGCUUCGACUAAACGACAAGAUCAACACAUCUGAAGCCGGGGACCAACAAUCAUCUAAAUCAUCUGAGCGCUCGAACGUCGACUGUUCCAGCUCCAGUAGAGGCUUGUUUCUGGGAAUCAUCAUAUUCGUCGCGGCGGUGAUUAUCUUGAUCACGUUUUUCGUGUUAGUGCAGACGGACCAGUACAUAAACACUGCCGUGCGUCUGGACCACCUCGGUGACGUCGCCCUGUACGUGGUCACAAUAGUAGCGGUGAUUCUGGUCUUCUACCGGACGUUCGGUCUUAGGUACAGCGACCAGGAAACCGGUCCGGGGUUUGAGGACGCUUUGCUGGUGCUGUCGCUUCUCGGCGUCUAUGUACUGUGCGUCUCUAACGUUCUCGCGGCGGUGCUGGCGACCGACGCGCGCUCCAGUCAUCUGGUUAUCCUGUCUAACUGCCUUCGAGCGUUCCAGGCGAGUCUGCAGACGGCCUACCUACUUAACACGCUGAGACGCCGCGUCUGGCGUCAGGGCCAAGCGGAGAAUAAAUCCGGGCGCGAGUUUGUCACGUUCCUAUUGCUUAGCAACGUUGCCCUGUGGGGCAUGAGCGUGUUUGAAGUGCAGCGAGCCGAGGCUAAUCCGCUGCAAGCGAACUUCUACGGGCACGUGACGUGGAACGUGAUCACGCACGUUUCUCUGCCAUUGGCAAUCAUGUUCCGGUUUCAUUCGACUGUUUGUCUUGCGAAUAUAUGGAAACAUGCGUGGAGAUUAAAAGGAUGAAUGCUCAAUAUAAGUGAUUUUUAAAAAUAGAACUUUGUUUUGGAUGCAAAUGGCGAAUGGGGUCAGGAAAAAAAUACAUAAAUACAAAAAAAACGAUGCUUUUCUGAUGUAUAUUUGUUAACUUCCUAGAAGAAGACAAGACCCACCGCACGAGAAGCUAGUUAAGAAUUAAAUUACUUUAUUAAUUCGAUUGCCAGGAUUUUAUAUUAAGGAUUGCAUGUAUAUAUUUUGAACGUUAUGGAGUCACCCUAAACUACAAUAUGUAUUACAGUUAUGGAAAUACAUGUAGUAACUAUCGCCGCAACAGACACUCAUGGGGCUUAUGUUAAGAUUGUAACAUUAUGGUAUUGAUUAUAGUGGUAAUAUGCUUUUACCGAUAUUCAAUGCAGACUUUACAUGAAUUGUUAAAUGUUAACGAUACUCUAUUAAUUCGCUAAUAAAGAAUAACAUGGUUCGUAUUGAAAUGCAUUGUGUACGUUUCUUGUAAGAUUUGACACGAUAUAGCAAGAAUGUAUGUCUUUAAUGUAUUUGAUUCAUGAAAAGGUACAUUGACGACCAAAAUAUCAAAUUUCAACGUUGACAUAAUGUGACAAGAUGACAAGUUUAUACAUAUGCAUUUAAUCUAGUCAUUAUUUUAGUUUGGUAUUAUUUACAUGUACUAUUUUUAAUGUAUAUU